AUGUUGAUGACAAUGAUGAAGACUGCCCCGCUGCUUGGGAGCUUGAUAUUUUCGAUGCUCUCAUCCACUUCCCUGGCCAGUGGCCUGAUCAACAGGCGUCAGGACGCGACGGGAGAUCUCUGUCGCAUAUGGGAUCAUCGAACUGUGAUGAUUGAUGAUUGGAUUUAUGUUGAUUUCGGUGUCUCAACGUGGACCGGCGAUAAAGACAAUGAAAUUAUGCAUUUGAUAAAUCCCUUUGGUAUCAAUCUCACACAAAAAUUCGAUACCAAGACCAUUGGUCACGAAAACGAUGCAUAUACCGAGAUCGCGAUAAACUUAGACGUACCCUCUACAACUAAGAGCGUAAUCUGGGCGGAUAAGGAUCAGAACAUCUACAAGUGGGGAGGUUUCUAUCCAUUGAAGGCAUUUUGGGGCAACUAUUCGCAAUUUGAUCCGCGCGGCUCGGAAGUCUGGAAACUUGAUAAGAAAAUUGCGAACUGGACUCAGCAACCCGCACCGACGGGGGGUGAUGAAGUUUCUGGGACCAGGAAUGCAGCCGCUGCUUACCUCCCUGAAUUGGGCCUAGGAUUUGCCGCCGGUGGACAUGUAAGCAAUGGGACGGAUAAAAAGUUUGCCUCCUGGACUGAUGGGCAUGCGUUGAUGUUGGACUCAAUGGUGACAUACAACAUGGGAAACAACUCUUGGACAAACCAUACUACGGGGAUGACUCCCUUUACUUUGAGCGCUCUUGUACAUGUGCCCAUUGGUGAAAAAGGAAUACUUAUCUCUAUGGGUGGUAUUGAUAAUCCCGGUGGAUAUUAUCAGGCGGGUGUGACUGAGAUAGAGGCGAGAGAUUUUGACAGUGUGAGCCUUUACGAUGUCGAAAGAGGCGCUUGGUCAACUCAACGAACAACUGGAGAUACACCACCAAACAGGCUUUCGUUUUGUGCAGUAGUGGCGGUUGCUGCAGACAAAUCGUCCUACAACCUCAUUGUUCAUGGUGGGGCUUCCAAUGAUGAUAAUCGUGCCUUCUCAGACACAUAUGUCCUCACUUUGCCUUCUUUCCAGUGGAUCAAAAUAGAUGACGGCGCAAAGAAUAUGGAACGCGCAGAUCAUACCUGCCAUUUGUCGAAAAACAAAAUGAUAGUAAUAGGAGGGAGGGGUGCGGACCAAAGCAACCCACAGAUCGACCCGCUCCCAAAGAACGGAGAGUGCGAACCCACUAGCUUUAUCAACAUUUUUGACGUAAAUACUUUGAAGUGGGAGACAAAUUGGGAUCUGGAAGCAAGAGAGGAUUUCAAGGUUCCAACUCCUGUCGCCGAGGUAAUUGGCGGAGACGAAAAUGGAUGUGCUACCGUGCAAGAGCCAGAGGCUGGCUGGAAGUCUGCGCGUAUUCGGGAAUUAUUCACUAAUUACACAGCUGCGUCUGAUUGUAAGGUAAUCCGACCAACUAGGACUUCUACCGGCAGCGGGGCAUCAGCUACCAGUACACAGGAGGGCUCAAGCAGCAUGAUUAGUCCAAAAGAUUCGCUGGUCUAUCUUGGGCUCCUUUCCCUGGUUGCAUAUCUACCGUUUAUUUGA